UCCCUCUGGUGAAGACCAGCGUAGACAGGACUUAGCAACGGCUGCGAGUUCAUUACCAGAUACAUUUAGGACCGAGAUUUUCCUCCUCACACACACCUGCAGCACCAGUUCAUAUUCCCAGCUUAGAACCACCGUGUAGCAACCAUGUCUGUAGCGGGGCUGAAGAAGCAAUUCCACAAAGCCACUCAGAAAGUGAGCGAGAAAGUUGGAGGUGCAGAAGGAACGAAGCUCGAUGUGGACUUCACUGAGAUGGAAAAGAAGAUGGACACCACCGCUCGGGCGGUGCUGGACAUCAUGACCAAGACUACUGAGUAUCUGCAGCCAAACCCAGCCACCAGAGCCAAGAUGAGCAUGAUGAACUCCAUGUCACGUAUGCGGGGACAGGAGAAGGGACCGGGCUACACACAGACCGAGACCAUCCUGGGAGAGUCCAUGCAGAGGUUUGGCAGGGAGCUCGGAGAGGAGUCUAACUUCGGCCUUGCUCUGAUUGAUGCUGGGGAGGCCAUGCGUGAGCUUGGUGAGGUUAAGGAUGCCCUGGACAUGGAGGUCAAGCAAAACUUCAUCGAUCCACUGCAGAACCUGCAUGAAAAAGAUCUGAAGGAGAUCCAGCAUCACCUGAAGAAAAUGGAGGGUCGCCGUCUGGACUUUGAUUAUAAGAAGAAACGUCAGGCCAAAGUGACAGAGGACGAGCUUAAACAAGCAUUAGAGAAAUUCGACGACUCCAAGGAGAUUGCUGAGCUGAGCAUGUUCAACCUCUUGGAGAGUGAUAUUGAACAGGUGAGCCAGCUUGCUGCACUGGUGCAUGCUCAGGUGGAGUACCACAGUCGGGCUGCUGAGAUCCUCACACAGCUGUCCAGUAAGAUCGACGAACGGAUAAGGGACACUACUGUCAAACCAAGGAAAGAGUUUGCUCCUAAACCACGCACGUCUCUGGACUUCUCCAUCAGUGAGAACCACAAUGGAGGCAUCCACAGUGCUCGCUCUCCAGGGGCGAGGUCUCCAGCAAGAUCUCCAGCCAGGUCUCCAGCCCCUAUGGACCAGCCCUGCUGUCGUGCCCUCUACGAUUUUGACCCUGAGAAUGAAGGUGAGCUAGGCUUCAAGGAAGGCGAUAUCAUCACCCUGACCAAUAAGAUCGAUGACAACUGGUACGAGGGGAUGCUGCACGGCAACUCUGGCUUCUUCCCCAUCAACUAUGUGGAUAUCCUGGUGCCACUGCCCCACUAGGACGUCAUCCUUACCAGCUGUGUCUACAACGGUGGCAAAACAAAUCCUGGCCUCCAAUUCCUCCCUCCCAGUAUUCCCAGUAACCUUUUUCCUAAACAUUCCUACCUUUACUCCACUUUAAAGGAGUAAAAACAGCAACAACACAAUAACGAACGAAGAUAUGAACAAAGAUUGACGACAAAUUAAAGCGAGUAUGCACCAAUUGAGCGUAAAAACUUUAAAUGAGGAAAAAUCUGCAUUGAUGUCGUUGCUUCCCCUUAUCCCAGGAGGCACCUUCAGGCUUCUAUAGUCAUUUUAUCCAUUUCUGUCCUGGCUUUGUCUCAGUUUAUGUUGGCUGUCAGUCCGUCAUGAGUUUAUCAGAGCAGCUUUACAAAAUCACACUUUCUCUCAUUCACUGUACUUUGUGGAAACCUCUACAGUAGAUAGAAACUUUUCUCUCACAUACUAGAAAAAAAAAUCGGUCCACGUGCUCCAUGUUUGUUAGAGACUCUAGGUCAAGCAUGGUUUCAAGUGUUUAACGUUUUAUCUUAAUAAAAAUUU